AUGUUGUCGCUCCAAGAUUUGCUUUUUCGUUACUGGGGUGGGCGGGCAGAGCAAAACAAUGCUGUGGCUCCGUUCAAGGAGGCAGAUUUGAGCAGUGCCCCCGAGUUCAUGUUCCAAAUUGAAGAGGCUGCUUUUCUUGCUAGACGUUCAUUGCAUCAGUCGAGGAUCCUUGACCCCGCCAUCACCGGGCUGUGCACCGUGCUGCGGCCACCGACGCUUGUUUCUUCCGAAUGGCUUCACGACAAGGUUGAGAAGUGGAACCAAGACGACGAUGUCUUGCAGUCAAGCUUUACAGCGAAUGUUAUUUUUAUUAGAGAAAAGCAAGAUCCAAUGACUGAAAUUAGUCCCGACUCUCUACAAGUGCUACACGAAUGGCAAUCCAACGUCGUGCUUACCACAGUUGACUCGCAGCGUCUUUCAGAAGGCCCAUACUACGUGCAGAGUGGAGUACUCCACACUGUUUGGAGAUUAUUCUGUGACACGCAUGAGGCAUACAUGACUGCCACAAUUCCUCAGAAUGAGGCCUUCCACGAGUAUCGGAACCUCCCAUGUAGUACCGGCUGUCGGCUCAUGAUAGGGGCACCCUCGAAGCUCUACACACCCAAGAGUGAGAAGAAACCCUUGAAUGGCCUCCGCAUCUCCGUCAAAGACAACAUUGAUCUUGCAGGCAUCAAGACGACGCUGUCAUGCCGAUCCUGGGAGAGACUUUAUUUCCCCAAAGACACCACAGCUGCAGCAGUACAGAGGCUUCUUGACUUGGGUGCAAUUGUCGUUGGAAAAACAAAACUGAGCCAAUUUGCAGAGGUCGAGUCACCCACAGCCGAUUGGGUCGACACUGCCCGUUUAAUCCCCGCGAAUUUAACCAAGAUCACGGUACUUUCUGACUUUGAGUAUGGACCCGGUCUUGCGAAGCGUGUUUUCGACAACUUUGUCUCUCGCCUAGAGGAGGCGACCCACGUUCAAGGCACAAAGAUGAGUAUCAUUGACAAUUGGAAACAGAAAAGCCCUUCAUGUGAUGGCAAAGGUCUCAUUGAGUACAUAGGAAAGCAACAAACAAUGAAGGCGAUCAAAGCAUUUGACCUAUGGAAAAACACCCAAGGAUUUCCAGAUGAAUAUCAACAAAAGCGCGAGGCAGAGGAAUCUACUGCCAAUGGACAAAAUGCUGCUCUGCAACGCAAGGAGAUGUUUAAGAAGUGGUUCCUCGACUCCGUUUUAUCCGUAGAGGCUCCCAACGAGCUUACAGCAAUCACUGUGGCCCCAAUCUCUGACGAGGAGCCGAAAUAUUGCGACGAUUAUAAACAGGGCCCUUGGAUGGGUGGUAAUGGAUUUCACCGCAAUUUCGUCUCCCCACUCACCGGCUGCCCCGAAGUUGUCGUUCCCAUCGGUCAGAUCCCUUAUCAAUCACGCGUCACCAAGAGACAGGAGUUUCUACCCAUUGUGGUGGCUAUUCUCGGACCGCCAGGAACAGAUGUCGCACUGACAAAGUUCGUAGCUGACCUGUUGCACAAAUCAGGGAUGCCAACUUUGGUAAAAACGGGAGCAGAAACCUUUCCACGAGUCAGCAAGGUGUGUUGA